AUGAAAUCCACUUUUCUUUUUUCUCUUUUACCUUUCCUACAGGGUGCCCUGGGCUCUACAGAAGUAUCAGGUGGCUCACCUGCUACGAUCAACGACCUUCCCUAUGUGGUCAGCAUUUCGAAAUUAGGCGCCUAUACCUGUGCUGGUGUUAUUAUCAGCGGAAACCGUGUUGUUACUUCUGCACAAUGCGUAUAUGGCCUAGAGGCAUCACCCACAAGCUUUUCCGUGAGGGCAGGCUCAAGCAAAACAUCUUCUGGAGGGUAUGUAAUUACGGUAUCAAAGAUUUCCCGACAUCCUCAAUUCAAGCCUACCACCAAUGAUUUCGAUGUUGCCGUGCUCCAAUUAUCUUCCUCUAUCACACCCGGACCAACUGUCAAGCUGGCUGAAUUUGUCCAGUCUGGCCAGGAGCCAGCGGAUGGGGCUGAAUGUGUGGCUUCUGGCUGGGGUGACCUGGAAGGACAAUUACAAUCAGUUACACUUCCUAUCGUGAACCGAGAGAAAUGCAAUGAGACUUAUGCCGGCCAAAUCACCGACCGUAUGAUCUGUGGUGGCUCCGAAGCUGGUAAAGGUACCUGUCCAGGGGACCGUGGUGGCCCGGUUACUUGCGGUGGUAAACUUGCUGGAAUCAUCUCGCAGACUAAUGGGUGCGACCUACUUGGUCUUCCGGACGUUUUCACCGAUGUUGCCAACUCUAAUAUUCAAGCUUGGAUUAAGAGUCAGUAG